UUUUCAUCCCACACCACACAUCUAUCUAUAUUGCAGCGCAUGCAUCUCACGACUCUCACCGUCAAUUGGUGCUUGCGCCCGCUUCAGCUUUUAUAGUGAAGCUAUCUAUAAUUUCUCACCGCAUCCGUUUUCUGUAUUCUGUUUCUUGCGCUUGAAGCGCACAAUAAACUAGCCAUGUCCGAAUUCCUUGGCGCGAGGAUAUCUUUGAUAUCGAAGAGUGAUAUUCGCUAUUCCGGUAUUUUACACGAAAUAAACAGUGAAGAGUCGACAGUCUCACUUGAAAACGUUAAGUCGUAUGGCACCGAAGGACGGCGGGGAAACCCAUCGGAAGAGGUGCCUGCUUCGGAGCAGAUCUAUGAGUACAUCGUUUUUCGAGGUAGCGAUGUAAAGGAUCUUCGUAUUGAGGAGGCUCCCAAUGCGCCCAAAGAGACCCAACCUCCACCGGUCCCCAAUGACCCUGCUAUCGUUGGUGCACGCACUCGUCCGGUUGGUGCUGCUCCCCCUGGUCCCCCCGGCCAAGGUCCAGGACCUGCUGGUUAUCAACCCCCGUAUCCGUCAAAUUACUAUCCUCCGCCUCCGGGUCAAUGGGGACGCGGUGGGCCUGGGCCUGUCCCAGCACCAGGCCAAGGUUUCAAUGGAAUGACAUAUCCACCGCCGCCUGGGUGGUUUCCGCCUGGUCAAGGAUUUCCUGGUGGCCCCGGCCCUUGGAAUAACUUCGGGUACCCGCCUGGGCCCCAAGGGCCACCUGGCACGCCUGGCCAGGGCAUGAGAACAACCCCACAACAAGACAAUAAGCCUACACCUAUCGGUGCUGGUGCCGACAAGCAGAAAUCGGUUGGUGGUCCCGCGGUUGAGUUACCUACGGAAUCUAAGACAUUUGGACAGUCUUCUUCGCAGCCUGUCUCGAAAGAUGCAGCGCCUACCCCUCCCGUUGAGUCGAAGCCUACUGCAGCAGAAGUGAAGGCUACCGCGGACUCUCUCUCGACGAACAAGGUCACAGCGAAUAACACCGACCCCAAAAGUGUACCGACUGGCCCUAGGAGUAGUCGUAUCACGCCUGCUGUACCUAACCCCGCAGCUAUUCUAUCUAGGUCCGGCCCUCAAGCAAUUGCUGCUACUGCAUCUGUUAAACCUGCAGUUGAACAAUCUAACGCUCCCCCGAGUGCUGCAGCUUUGCGGGAUGCUACUCAAGCUGCGAAAGCAGCAGUCGCUGUAGCUAUGGCGAAGUUGGAUAAUCCCAAUGCUACUACUGUUGGUAAUACUUCGAACACAGCGAACAACGCUAUAGAUAACCUCACCACGAAAGUGAAUGAGAUGAGAGUCAACGCGCCGAGAGGUGGUUCGACAAGAGGGCGUGGUCGUGGGGGCCGAGGUGGCGCCCAGUCCAAAAUUGAAGUUCCAGAUGCCGACUUUGACUUUCAGACAGCUAACGCUAAGUUUAACAAACAAGAACUUGUAAAACAAGCGAUCAGCGGCUCACCCGUGGGUGAUGUUCCCAACGGUGAUGGUCCUGAAACGCCAGAGCCCGAAGAUGGCGCUUAUAAUAAAACCAAAUCAUUCUUUGACAAUAUUAGCAGUGAAGCUAAAGACCGAGCAGAGAAUGGUGGCCAGAAACCGGGAGGGCGAGAAUGGCGUGGAGAAGAGCAGCGCAAGAACAUGGAAACUUUUGGCCAAGGAAGCGUCGAUGGCGGCUAUCGUGGUCCCUACCGCGGUCGGGGCCGGGGUCGAGGACGUGGUAACAUGCGUGGCCGUGGUGGAUCUCGAGGUCGGGGUGGCUUUAAUCAACCAGCCCCCUUACAGUAAUCCAACAACCGCCACCCAAUUUCGGCCCGUACCAAGUCAAGUCAGUCAGAAAUUCAGAAUGUUGACGUCCCGGGCUUUCUCGAUUUCUGUUUCUAGAGCCUAGGCUGCCGGAAAUGCGUUAUCCAUUGGCUUACAAUGCUUCAUUGGAGAAUAAGACGCAUAUCAUAGUGUCUACCCACAAUUCUCGACAUCAGUGGGACUGGACUUGCCCUGGGAAAAUUCUCCUUCCCGUAAAGUUGUGCAGCUGUAAUAGUAUGAUCGUCGUACAGUUUCGUUUUUAUUUUCAUGGUCAGGAGUCGGUUCUCGAAGCGAGCGGGUUCUUAAUCGCCAACACAGCGGCUCGAACGGUUGAGACAAAAGCUGGUGUAGUGGUUCAUGGCUACGGCGUUAGGUAUCGUCUCUUCUGGCAUGAUUUCGGGCACGAUGUACGUGCAUCUUGAACUGGCUAAGCACAGGCUGGUUCAAUCGGAGUAACUAUCUUAUUGGUGACAGACAGAUACACUGAAGGCGACGAAUCCAAAGUGCAUGAAACGGGCUGAUGAGCGACGCAAUUCAUGUCUCGAUGACGGCAAAAGAUGAAAACACCAGUGGGCUUGGAAUCAUAGAUACACAAAUGCAAUGGCUUGCAAACUCAGAUGAAGGCCUACCUUCUAGCCAUACGAUAAUACAUGAUAUCUCAAGCCUAU